AUGGAAGUAACAAUGAUGAAAGGAGCUACUGGUGUAGGGUUCUGUCUAGCAGGCGGUAUUGGUUCACCUCAGGGAGAUAUGCCUAUUAUUAUUAAGAGAAUAUUUAAAGGUGGUCCAGCAGAUAAAUGUGGUCAGCUACAAGUUAAAGAUCAGAUAUUACAAGUUAAUGAUCUAGAUUUUACUACCAUGAGACAUUAUGAAGCUUGGAACCAUUUAAAAUAUCUACCUGAUGGUGAGGUGAAGUUGGUGAUUAGACGAGGUCAAGAAGAGUAG